AUGUCUACUGACAAAUCUAAACCCUACAUACCCCUAGCCGGCGGCGCAGAUGACGGUUGGUCUAAAGAGCACCAAGCGACAGCUACAUGCUAUUGCGGCGCCGUACAACUUGCCUUUCCAACCGAAGGUCCCGGCCUAGUCGGCACAUUCCUCUGCCACUGUUCAGACUGCCGCAAAAUCACCGCCUCAAUGUUCGCCUCCAAUUUCAUAAUUGCAGAUGCCUAUCUGAAACACCUGCGCGGCCGCGAGAAUCUCAAAACCUACAUCCCUGUCAGCAAUCAGGUGUCCCAAUCAUUAUCAUCUGAUUUAGACAACAAUCCUCGCCUUUCUGUUACAAUCGCACCCGCAUUCGUGAGCAGCACUACCAACGAGACUACCAGCACGACUGUCAUCACCAUCACCACUACCAUCAAGCGCGUCAACGACCUAGGCAAGGAGCCUUCCUCGAAAAUUAAUACCAAGGCUGAGCAGUCCUGCCAAGAGGCCGACGAUUGUGAACCUUACUCAGUGACGGAUGAUUUCUCUUCCGGAAGAGAGCGCUCUAGGAAAGAUAGCUCCGUUGACAUGGAAGCUGCCCCCGGUUCUGACCUUUUCUGGUGCAUUCACUGUGAGAGGAGUCGUCCUGCUCCAUUUCAGGCUAUGUCGGGAAUGUCAUUAAGCACAGAGAAUCAGGUUGAGGAUUUCGGGGACUAG